CUGAAAUGAGCACUUUCUCUCUGUCUUUGGUGAAAACAAACCCUCAACUAUUACAAAAUACAACCUCAGUGACUACACCGUCUACAUCAGAAAGUACUACAACUCUGAAACUACAAUACACUUCAAGUUGAACUUGAGCUGUGAAGUACCACGACUAUCUUUUCAGCUAUUCCAAUAUCUUGACAUGGACAGAAGAUCAGACUCAAGAAACCAGGGAUUUUGGCCAAUGCAGUUUGGUGCUGCAUCAUACGGCCCAAACAGUCUGGCUGCAGUGCGGCUGCAGCACUGCGAGCAGUCUCCUAACUCAGUUGUGCAGGGACUCAGAGAUGCCCUGUACUCUGCCAUCACUGAGAUAAAGUCUCUCAAGGAAGAAAACAAAGCCCUGAAGGAGCAGGUCGGUCUGCUGGAACACAGGCAGGUGGAAGUGAGCCAGCUCCAAGAGGAGCUCAAACAAAAAGAUGACCUCCUCAAAAGGGUCACCGAAAAAAGGCAGGCUAGAACAAGAGCCCAUGUGGAGACCCUGGACCUGCUGACGCAGAUGGAGAAGGAGCUGAAGAAGAGUGAAGAGAGGUGGAAGAGCACAUGUGAUGCUCUGGAGGCGAGUCUCAUGUCUAAGAACAACCAGCUGCAGAAUCUCACUUUCAGCACAAAGGAGCACAAGCAGUAUGAGAGAAUUGCUAGAGAGGAGGAAGAGGAGAGAAAUGAGAAGAAAAGACAGGAAGCCAAAGAAAAGAUGGAGGAAAAAGAAAAAAACCCCUACCUCUACCCUUUACCUACCUCACCCACACCCCUCUUGCUCCUGAAACCCCUACACCACCCCUCCCCCUUUCUACCCCCCUAA